AUGGCAUCUUCCUACGCUCUUCCGCAGCCGCCCUUGCCGCACAACCACGGUCAUGGUCACGGUCACGGUCACGGUCACAGCCACGGCCAUGGUCACCACGGCUCGCUCGACCAUUCACACUCGCACUCGCAUUCACCGCCGUCCUUCGGCCACUCUAGAUCUUCGCGCUCGAACCCGUCGAACCCGUCCAGCCCGUCCAACAGCGGUGCCAUGCGGUCCUACAACAAUAGCCAGAGCCAAACCCAAAGCCACAGCCAUAUCGACGAAGACGCCCAAGCGCGGGCCCAGCAAAACAUAUCCCACCACCGCGCAAACUCGCUUGCACCUCUGCUAAAACGCGAGAACAGGCCUUCGCCGCUGAGGCAAAGUACAGGAGAGCUACUUUUGGGCUCCGGAGGGAAGAUGGUUGGGGAGGUACCGCAAGCCACCGAGUACGAAGCGCCUCUCUCGGCGGUUCCACACGCGCAUCCUCACGAUCAUGACCAUGACCAUCAUGCACAUGGACAUGGUCCGCGACAUUCCAAGUUUACGGCCAUGCUUCUCCCGUAUACCUCCAAGUGGCCGCUGAUCCAUGCCAUCAUGACGGACAAGGACUCGCGUCGCAUCUUCUACUUCAUGGGGGUGAACUUUACAUUCAUGGGUGUCCAGGCGGUCUACGGUUACCUGACGGACUCGCUGGGCCUUCUAAGUGAUAGCAUACACAUGUUCUUCGACUGCGUGGCUCUGGCGGUGGGACUUUUCGCCUCGGUUAUGGGCAAGUGGCCGCCUAGCGAGAGGUUUCCGUACGGCUUCGGGAAGAUCGAGACUUUGAGCGGCUUCGCCAAUGGCAUCUUUCUAGUUCUGAUUAGUGUUGAGAUCAUGUUUGAGGGGUUCGAGAGAUUGCUCGAGGGGCGCGAAACGAAGAGGCUGCGGGAGCUCUUCAUCGUCAGUACUCUGGGCUUGAUUGUCAAUCUCCUGGGCAUAUUUGCCUUUGGUUCUCAUGGCCACCAUGGCCACGAUCACGGUCACGGCCACUCUCACGACCAUGUCCAUUCGCUUAGCCAUUCGCCCAGCCCCAGUCAUGGGCACGGCCACUCUCACUCGCACGGGAAUGACCACGACCAUGACCAUGGCCAUGACCAUGACUGCGACUCCCACCAAAAGCAUGAACAUGGACACACCCAGGGACACGCCCAUGGACACGCUCAUUCCCACUCGCACGAUAACGAGAACAUGCAUGGCAUCUACCUCCAUAUUCUCGCCGACACGUUGGGCAGCGCAUCAGUGAUAUUCUCGACAAUUCUGACGUACCUGAUCCCAUGGUCGGGGUGGGAUCCUUUGGCGUCCUUGCUGAUCGCCUACCUGAUCCUCAUAACAGCAACACCGCUGGUGAAGUCUUCAGCUCGACGACUAUUACUGACCAUUCCUGCUGAUGCGGAAUACAACCUUCGCAACACUCUGUCCGAGAUAACCAAUCAGCGAGGCGUGGCUUCCUAUUCAGUGCCCAAGUUCUGGGCUAAUGACGGAGCGAGCAACGAGUCGGGUGGCAAGCUGCUCGGAGUAAUACACGUAGCAGCCAUGCGUGGUGCAGACAUGGAGGAGGUUCGAGACAGGGUGAAGCAAUAUCUCGGCAAACACGGGAUUGAACUCACGAUACAGAUGGAAAGGGAAAGCGACACGACUUGCUGGUGCGGGAUGGGUCGAGUCAACAGCGCCCUUUCGCCCCUUUCGCCGAAACCCUUUUGA